AUGACUGCCGCCUCCAUCUCCCCUCACAAAGUCGCCAGUCGCAAUGUCUUUCUGCCCACUCCCUCUCCCGACCCUGUUUCCAUCCGGUUGCCAGACUCUCCUGAGAAGAAUAAUUUGACCUCCAACGAAAGAUCUCGUGGUCUUCGUCGCCUGCAGUCCCACAAUCAGUUGUCCUCGACCAGCAAUAUGGGCACCCAGUCCUCUAACCUGAGACCUCGGUCGGGAGUCUCGAUGAAACCCUCACGCGAGCAGCUCAGUCUCCCUCAGCCCUCUGCGACACAACCGCAUAGCACCGUUACAAACACGGCCAGCUAUUCUCGCGCCCGCGCAAACAGCGAUGCUCCGCUCCCGCAUGUGCCUCGCAACCGCAAGCCGCCGCCUACACUUCUCUCAAAUCCCUCCUCUAACCACAUUCUCACCCAUGCCCGCAAGUCGAGCCUUGAAAUGACCCUUCGUGAUGGUCCGCCGCCUGGAACCAACGCUGCUACCGCCCUCUCGUUGCUCCGUCACUCGAUCCUCACCAGUGGUGUCAAUGCAACCAAAGAAGGCAUGUCCGAUUAUCGAAUAUAUCUGUGGUUGACUCUUCUGAAUAUUGGACCUCUCUCGACGGACACAUACCUCGCCCUCAUACACCGAAGUCGCAGUCCUGCAUACGAGAAGAUCUCCAACGAUGUCUUCCGCACGUUAGCGACUGACACACUCUUCAAGCGGCGCGUGACAGAUGCGAGUUUGACCAGGCUGUUAAAUGCAACCGCCUGGCGAAUACAUGAUGAACAAACCUCUGAUCCUCCAUCCGAGUUUGCUCAGAGGUAUCCGCAAUCCACCUACCUCCAGGGCAUUAACGUGCUCUCGGCACCUCUCCUCUAUGCAUCUCGGUCGGAAGCUCAGGCGUAUGCAAUCCUGACAAGCCUACUGACUGAGCAUAUCCCGACCUACCUCUCCCCGACCAUGUCUGGUGUCCACCGAGGACUUGAUCUCAUUGACAGAAUCCUGUCAGAGAUCAAUCCGACCCUCUCAUCCUACCUGCUCAGCAAGUCCCUACCAGCCAAGAUCUACGCUUUUCCUUCUGUGUUGACACUAUGUGCCUGCACCCCACCUCUUCCAGAGGUUCUGAAACUAUGGGAUUUCCUGUUCGCGUUUGGCGUGCAUCUGAACGUCAUCUGCGUCGUUGCACAGCUCCUAUUGCUGAAGGACAAACUACUUGGAGAACCCAGCCCUGCCAAGAUGCUGCGAAGUUUCCCGAACCUGAAUGCUGACGAGGUGAUUAAAAUGACCGUGUGGAUUGUGAGGGAGCUGCCCGAGGAACUGUACCGCGACGUGGUUAUGCAUGGCCGUGAAGUUUCAUAA